GCGAACAUUGCCGCAAGCAUGGGAGUGUACCACAUCGUCUUAUUCAAACUCAAGCCCGGCGUCACCAAAGCACAAAUCGACGCUCUCGAAGCAGCUGGGCGUCAAAUGGUGGGACAAAUACCUGGCCUGAUCAAGUUUGAUUUUGGACCGCCUCUCGCUUCGACGGCUCAUCGUGCUCUGGGAUACGACUUGGGGCUUGUCGCAACGUUGGAGAGACCGGAAGAUGUAGCGGUGUAUGCUCAGCAUCCUGCACAUCUCCAUGUGCAUCAUUUCCGUGAGCAGGUCUCGGAUGAUACGUUGGCGUACGAUCUUGUGUUUUAGGCUGGAGUGUGGGCAAGACUGAACUUGCCUGGCAAGCAAUAAUGAUUAGUGCCUAGUUGAGUGUUAUCUGAGAGACUGGAUAAAUCAAGAGUACCAACCACCGGG